AUGGAAGUGAAGAGGAAGAUGAAGAUGGAGACGAAGGGGGGCACAGGAUGGAGGUGUGACCUCCAGGGAGGUGGGACGAAGAGGACGGGGCGGAGCUGGGGAGGAAGGCAGGCGGAGGAGGAGGAAGAGGCGGCGGGACGAAGACGAAGGAGGAGCUGGGAUGACCGCGAAGACGCGAACGGCGGCGGCGAGCGAGAUGAGGGCGGGAAUGAGAGCAACAAAGCCAACUUCGAGAAGAUGAUCGAGGCGCUGAAGGCCAGCAAGGGCGGGAGGCGCAUCGGCGUCUUCAGCAAGGACAAGUUCCCCGGCGACUUCAUGAAGAGCUGGAACGACUGUCUCAGCAAGGAGGGCUUCGAGAAGGUGGACAUCAGCGCCGUGGUGGCCUACACGAUGGCGGCCAAAGAAGACGGCGAACUCAACUUGAUGCGCAAGGCGGCCGCCAUCACCUCCGAGGUCUUCACCAAAUUCUUCAAGGAGCGGGUGAUGGAGAUCGUUGACGCCGAUGAGAAAGUCCGGCACAGUAAAUUGGCCGAGUCGGUGGAGAAGGCCAUCGAGGAGAAGAAGUACCUGGCGGGCGCCGACCCCUCGGCGGUGGAGAUGUGUUACCCCCCCAUCAUCCAGAGCGGCGGCAACUACAACCUCAAGUUCAGCGUCGUCAG